CACCAAACCACCGGAAGUUUAAGCUUCGUACCGUUCAUGUGGGUCCGUGUUAACAACAAAGUGUGUUGACUUUCUUCUACCGUUUGAGUAAUAUUGUACGUAAACUUUAGGUUAAAACAUGUCCGACAACGAAGAUAACUUCGAUGAUGGAGAUUUUGAUGAUGCCGAGGAGGAUGAGGGAUUAGAUGAUCUCGAAAACGUGGAAGACGAUGACCAGGAGAACGUGCAGAUCCUGCCCGCGGGAGAGGGCCAGCAGGCAAACCAGAAGAGGAUCACAACUCCGUACAUGACCAAAUACGAGAGGGCCAGAGUGCUGGGGACGCGAGCCCUCCAGAUAGCAAUGUGUGCUCCAGUUAUGGUGGAGCUGGAGGGAGAAACAGACCCGCUGCAGAUAGCUAUGAAAGAACUAAAGAGCAGAAAGAUCCCCAUUAUCAUCCGCAGGUACCUUCCCGAUGGGAGUUACGAGGACUGGGGUUGCGACGAGCUCAUCAUAACUGAUUAAACAUCUUAUGAAGCAGUCUACGCUGACAGAUUAGCCUAAGCUGCUUCACAGCCACCAUCCUAACUGGUUUUACAGCUAUACAAACCCAGUGGAGGAGUCUCCUUCACGCCCACUCCCAGAUCCAGUCGCCGUAAUUCUCCGGUGACUGUAAACAUGAGGUGUACUGCAUAAGACUACUUAAAGACUCAAAAUAAUGCAAAACAAAUUACUAUGUUGUUUAUAGGUCAUAAUCCUGUGAACUUACUUAUUGUUUUCCCCUCUAAUUAUUUGUUUAGUGUUCAUCACAACCCAGCUCAUUUUUUCUUCUUUCUUUUAUCUGGUACCCACUGAACUCAAUCGUUUUAGCAGCUGCAAUGCUUCUAAGAGCCACAAGGGGGAGAUAUAUCUCAGUCAAACACUUAAGUUUUAUAAAGGAAUCCUGUAUUAUGAAGUAUUUGCGUUUUUGAAAAGAGGUGAUUGUAGUGAAAUUACAGUUUUAUUGUUAUAAAUAAAGAUUUUUGUAUAAAGAG